AUGGCUAGUAAUUUGUUACGUGCCUUGCUACAAGAGGAAGAGGAUGACGACGAUGAUGAUUAUGCCACCUUAUUAGCAAUCGCAUCUUUGGAAGAACAACACUCUAGCGAAGGUCAAAGUUCUUUUCGUCGUGGUUCCAUUCCAGGGCACGUUGUAAUUCAACGCAAUAGAGCUAAAGUGGAAACACAUGAUUCCUACUUUGUCCAAAAACGAGAUGCUGCUGGGAAAAUUAGUUUAUCCUCACUACAAAAAGUAUCUGCUGCUAUGAGGAUGCUUGCUUAUAGAGUAUCAGCAGUUUCUGUGGAUGAUUAUGUGCGGAUUGGAAAAAGCACCGCUAUAGAGAGUCUUAGCAGGUUUACCAAAGCAAUUGUUGCAAUUUUCUAUGAUGAGUAUCUAAGACCACCAACUGACGAGGAAACUGCAAGAUUGCUUGCAAUUAGCAAACAACAAGGAUUUCCUGGGAUGUUAGGAAGCAUUGAAUGCAUGCAUUGA